AUGCGUAUUCUUGAUGUCCUAUUGGUGCGAAAUGACUUAUCAUCAUCUCGAGCAUCAUAUAUUCAUGGAUAUGAAUUGGGUUAUACUGAUCUCACCGAUCACCCACUUUUUGGUGAGACAAAAUCUCGGGAUCGAAUUUCAUUUAUCAUCAUAACGGUUGUCACUACAGCAUUCGUUCUAACAACAUUUGGUAGCAUAUUCUUCUUUAACCAUAUCAAACCUACAUUCAUUUGUUUGAGUAUUUGUUUAAUACUUUUACUUGCGUCACAUUUAUGUUUGGCAUUUUGGUAUCGAUCAGGUGAUUUAGAACCACGUUUUCGCAAUAUGUUGUAUUUCAACACAGGUGUAAUUAUUCUGUUCUGUAUUUGUGCGAAUAUUAUCAUUAGUGAAAGAUACACAUGA